AUGAGUCUGCCAAUUACUUGCAUUAUUGUCUUAGCUAAUUGGGAAAGGUUAGGUGUAACAGGUUUUAGUGUGAGUGUGGGUCGUAGUAUAUUCUGGCAAAUGCACUUUUGA